AUGCCAAUAUACCAUACUUCAGUCGAAGAACAAGGUGAACAAACUAAGAAAAUAUAUGGCAGUUUUAAGAAGCUUCUUUCACAAUCCGGAUUUGGCUGGGAUAAUGUGAGUAAAACUGUGGUUGUCGACGAUCCAAGUAUUUGGGAAUCUCACAUCAAGGAUAAUAGUGAGUGGACAAAAUUCAAGAAGGAUGGAUUUUCCCAGUAUCCUAAGCUGUGUAUUGUAUUUGGUGGUACAUAUGCUACUGGGGAUCAUGCCAUAGGAAAUGCCAAAGAUUUGACGGUGUCAGAGGAAGGUGACAAUGGUGGUGGCAAUGUAGACGGUGAUCCAGAGGACUUAAGUGAUCACCACAUUGAUGAGACAGUCUUUACAUCCGGCAAUAGUGCUGAUCUAGUUCAUGACAAGCACAAAUUGGAUAGGACUCCAAAUACCAAGAGGAGAAGAAAGAAUACCUCAUUUUGCAUUGCUGACACUUGCAAAGUUAUACAGGAGCUGAUCAAAACUAAGACAAGUCAAUCUGCGAGUGGCUCUGCCACCUCACGGAUCACACAACCACCUGUGGACCCUUUCUCCAUAUCCGCGGUCAUUGAUAGCCUACUUAGUAUGCCUGACUUGGGACCAAAUCUUUACAGCAAAGCAGUGGAACGACAUGUGUUAGUGCCACAUAGAGGGAGGCUUUCAUCAAAACUCCAGUUGAAUGGAAAAAUGCACUUCUUCAAUCUUUUUAGUAGAUGUUGGGAAAUGUAGUGUG